AUGACAUCAUCAUCAUCAACUACAUCUUCGUUCAUAUCAAGAUUCUUUGGAAAUGAUGAUAAUCAAAAAGAUUUUGGACCUCUACCAGUGCUAGAGUACACAAGUGAACCAAGACAACAACCACCAUCUCCACUGCUACCACCACCACCACCCUCAACAUCAACAACUACCACAACUGCCUCUGCACCAGUGUCACCUUUUGCAUCACCAAAUGUACCGUCUGCAUCAAUACUUGCGCAACAAAACCCAUCACCUCUCAACUCUGUAAUCAGUAUAUCCGAUCCUAACAAUAGUAAUAACAGCAGUGCUAAUAAUAGUAAUCAUAGUAGUAGCAGUAGUAUUAGUUUAGAUAAUAGCAAUAGCAAUAGCAACAGCAACAGCAAUAGUAAUAGUAAUAGUAAUAAUGGAAGUUUAAAUAAUAUAGGUAGUGUCAUUGGUGGUAGUAGUAGUAGUAAUAGUAGUAGCACUGACAAUACAACUAAUAAUAAUAGUAAUGUUAAUUCAACAGAUAAAACAAUAGUAGAUGUAUUGAAAUCUAAAUUUCAACCAAAUACUCCUAAGCCUGAUAAGAAAUUUUGGAUGCCAGAUCAUUCCAGUCCACAUUGUGCAGAAUGUUCAACACUUUUCACAGUUCUGACGAGACGUCAUCAUUGUAGACUUUGUGGUCAGAUUUUCUGUUGGAAAUGCUCACAGCAUUCAAUCACCAACGGCAAGGGCGAAAAGAUGAGAGUUUGUAAUUUCUGUUAUAAUACACACAACAGUGGAUCACAACAACGUGGUUUGCAAAACAACGACGAUCAAAUCAUUCCGAUGUCACCCAAUGACAUCAUACAAAAUAUCGAAGGUACAGAGCAUCAUCAUCAUUCGGUCGAUGGUGUACCGCAGUCACAACAAGACAGAUCCGGACCGAACCAACUGAAGAACACUGGUCUAUUCACCAGUAAACUAAUCAACUAUGUACCGUCCUUUCAAUCGCCAUUCUCAAAGAAAGAUCUGCCCAUUGUUGAACCUUCGCCUUUCGAACUCGAACAGAAUCUCACCAAGAUUAUGCAUGAGAUCGGUGGUAACGAAUUGAAUUACGACCUCUCCGAAGAUGAAUCUUCUGACAUGUCUGAAGAUGAAGUUAUACUACCUCAAAAUGAAUAUAUAUCAAAUGAAGAAAAUAGUAGUAACAACAAUAACAAUAACAAUAAUAAUAAUAAUAAUGGUAAUAAUAAUAUUAGUAAUAGUACAGAUGGAAGUUUGAGUAAUUCAACAGGAACAAUGAAUUUUGCAAUGACAUCGGGUGGAUCUAAUAGUUUAUUGCCAUCGUUGAACAAACAGGGUCAGAACGAUCCAAUGAGUACAGCUAGCGUAGGCAGCGCUCUUGUGACAUCUUUUUCAAUGUCUUCAUUACCCGUUGUUAGAAAUCGUGUGAAAUCAGUGGAUAGCGCACCCAUUCCAAGCUCCAGUAAUCUUAGUUCCAGUCAUCAGAGUAGAAGUAUCCUAAAGUUAUCGACUUCACCUUCCUCUCCACCACCUACACCCAACUCACCACCAAGUUUAUCAUCUUCACUCUCACUGUUGCCAGGUUUGCUCUCACCUCCUAUCUUACCGUCGUCAUCGUCAUCUUCCUCUUCGCAAGCAUCAAAUAGCACACAGUCACAUCCAUUGAAAUCGUCGGCACCUGUGAUCAACUCCAACACCGAUGGUGGCGCACUCAACAAAUCAAACACACUGGUAUCGCCCAAGAAACCAACACAAGUCACUAUCUCACCGACAUCACUGUUCUUCUCUGAUCCAAGUAUCGUUUCACUAAAGAGUCAUCCAAAGACAACCAACAGAUCCAAGUUUUUAGAGAAAUAUCCACUUCCUCGUCAAGAGAGUUUCACUCUCCCCAAAUCAACACCAAAGGAAUCACCACCUCUCCAACCAAGAAUGAAUCUUGUUGAUUCUCCCCUAUUCAACGAAUACCAAAAACAUAUAUCCGACAUGAUAACUCAACUCAUAGAGAAAGAUAAUAUCGACAUGAAAUGGCGAGAUAUCAUCUUGGAAUUGGCAACCAAUGCCUGUACAAAAGUGAAAAUCUCUGUAAAAGAUGGUGAUAAAAUGUCAACAAAAGAAUAUAUAAAGAUCAAAAAAGUUCCUGGAUCACAAGCAGAAUAUAAUUAUAUAGAUGGUGUUGUACUUACAAAGAUCCUUACUCAUAAGAAUAUGAGAAAUAAGUUUACCAGUCCAAAGAUUCUAUUGUUAAGUUGUUCAGUAGAAUUCCAACGUGUUGAGAAUAAGUUUUUGUUCUUUGAUCAACUGCUACAACAGGAGAAGGAGUAUCUAAGAAUCUUGGUAUCAAAGAUUGCAGAGAAGAAACCGGAUAUUGUAUUGGUUGAGAAAACUGUUUCCAGACACGCUCAGGAUUUCUUGUUGGAGGCAGGUAUUUCGCUGGCGUUGAACGUUAAGCCAAAGCUACUUGGAAGACUAUCGAGAUGUUUGCGUUGUGAGUCAUUGCCGUCGGUCGAUCAUAUCCAACCAAGUCCAACCGCCGCUUCCGCCAGUGUUAUAGUUGCUCCAAUAACCACUGUCGCCACCAAGCAGGAACAGAAACAGCUUGGUAGUUGUGGACACUUUAGAGUGCAAACCUACACUGUACCAACACUUAUCAAUAAGGCAGACGGACUGUCCGGGUCCACCAGUGGACUAUCCGGCUCCGUUCAAAAGAAAACCUUGAUUGAAGAUGAGAUAUUGGGAAUUGGACUUUCACAGGCAUUCGAUCCACCAAAGCGUUACCCGAUCCAAGAGGAAUCGAUUCUCGCACAUCAGAACAUCUCGUUCUCUCACUCUAUCUUUUGUAACACCAACCAGUGUAUUCCAUUCGAGUUGCACUCAAUCGACUUUUACACUGAUAACGAUAUGACACUGGGCGAGUUCCUUGCGAAAUUCUGCUUCAACUCAUCGUUUGUUUGUAGUCACAAAGAAUGCAACAGACCUCUCUUUGAACAUGAGAGAACGUUUAUGCAUGCGAACGGUCGUAUCAACAUUGUCAUUCAAAAGAUAUCGGCAACAAACACGCCCUCCCAGCCAACAACAUCGACACAACAACCAAGAUCCAAUGGAAUUUCAAUUAUCAAUCGUUGUAAGCUCUGCAACAGCUUCAGUCCCGAGCAAAUCCUAACAGAUUCAACAUGGGAAAUGUCAUUCGGUAAGUUCUUGGAGCUCUCGUUCUAUGGUAGUUCGAUCGUUGGCAACUAUGCAGAGUGUAACCACAAUAUGAUCAAGGAUCACAUCACCUAUUUCUACCAUCAAGAGAUGGCUGCGAUCUUCUCGUAUGAAUCGCUACCAGUCUUGGAGCUGACACUUCCACCCAAGGUAUUUGAGGAGGCCAAUCCAAAACUGAAAUCGAUGGUUCACCAACGUGAGAUUGAGCUACUCAACGAAUGUGCCAACAAUGUAUAUAACGCAAUCUUUGAGAAGUUCAACGAACUACAAGAAGAAGGUGAAGAGCGUGUCAAAGACCUGAUGCCCAUCUUACUCGAGGAGCGACAAGUAGUCAUCUCAAAGAUUGGUACUCACCUCGGAAGUGACUAUGUCCACUGCUCAAACGAACUAGCUUCACGACUCACCAAGCUGCUCUAUGCAAACUUUAUGACUUGGAAUUCACAGUUGAGUGGAAUCAUCAACAGUACAUCGCUUCAGAAAACAAAGAGAGCGACAACCAUGCUCAGCAACAACUCUCAUAUCGAUGGUGCGAUGGAGUCAACUGCAUCACCACAAACCUCAUUCAGUCAGCUUAGAGUGUCAGCUGUUGGUGCCACCACCGACAAUAUGAACUCAUCUUUUGAAAGACAACAGCAACAACAACUCAAUAACAAUAUGACAUCAUCUCCACAACUUCAAGCACCACCAACCAUUAUCACAUCUUCACCACCACUCGAAUCUGUCAGUCAACCAAUUUCUACAGCUUCGCCAACAUUGCAAUCAUUCUCCACUCCCACUGAAUCAAGACCGAUCUCACUGAACCAAUCAUAUUCAGCAAACAACGUUUCACAAGGAGUUGAAAACAGUAGCUAUAGUGCAACAACAUUGAUGGACUCCAAGGCAGAUCUAGGUGUCUACACCACAUCGUUCCAAUCGUAUUCCAACUAUGCAUCACCACAACGUGAGGUUAAGAAACUAAAGAUUAUUGACACCAUUGCUGGUAUCGUUUCAUCGAUAUCAUCGUCAAAGAUCCUUGGUCCAACCAUUCCAUUCAUCCUCUUGGAUGGAUCAGAUAAUAUUGCAAUCUACGAGAAUGAACCAAGCACUACCAUUGCAUACACUCUAACAUCCCAAGAAUUCAAAACUACUUUUAAUGAAUUAAUGGAAGAAGAAUUACAAAAACCAUCAAACUUUGAUAUUGAUUCGAACAAUGUUGAGAAUCCAAAUGUUCCAAAGAAUGAUAUUGGUAAUUUCUUAAAGCAAAAGAGUACAACAGAGGCAGCAAAGAAAAAGAAUAUAGACAAUAGUCUCUCGAGAUCGAUGGACAAGAGAUCACUCAGCAGCAGUAGUAAUGGUCUUGAUAACUCGAGUAAUCAAUCAUCACCUGCAAUUACCCCAACUUCAACUCCACCACUUUUAUCAGCUUCUAUCGAAGAUACACCAUUCAUCGAUAUCAAUAGCAACCCGAAUAUCAAUCCAAACAACACCAACAACAUCAACAAAGAGAUGUUCAGUGACAAGAACCUUAGACUUUCAAAACUAUUGGUUUCAAAUCAAAAGAAGGAAAUUAAAAACAAAUUUAAAUUUGAAAAGAAUGGUUAUGAAGUCAAUAUCUUCUGUACUACAUAUUAUCCAGUUCAGUUUAGUGCACUAAGAGAAAUGGUUUGUAGUGAAGAACAAUUCAUUGAAUCAUUGACAAGAUCAAAGGUUUGGAUUGCCAAAGGUGGAAAGAGUGGUUCAUCAUGGAAUAAGACACUCGAUGAUAGAUACAUCCUAAAGAAUGUCAGUAAGAUCGAACUAGAGUCUUUCUUGGACUUUGCACCAUUGUACUUUGAAUAUCUUUGUAAAUCAUAUCUUCACCAGAUUCCAACAGCACUUAGUAAGAUUCUAGGUGUUUACAGUGUAAGAUGGAAAGAUAGUAAUGGUAAAGCACUAAAGAAAGAUUUAAUCGUAAUGGAAAAUCUAUUCUACAAUAAGAAUGUUACAAAGACAUAUGACUUGAAAGGAUCUUUAAGAAGUAGAUUGGUAAAGAAUGAAUCAGAAGUACUUUUAGAUGAAAAUCUUUUACAAGCAUCAUUCUCUACUCCCAUUUGUCUAUCAGAGUAUGACAAGACAAGAAUCUCUCUUGCCGUUUGGAAUGAUACUGCUUUCCUUUCGUCAUUGAAUGUAAUGGAUUACUCGUUGCUCACGGGAAUAGACUCCAACUCUAACCAACUGGUCGUUGGAAUUAUCGACUACAUGAGAAAAUUCACUUGGGACAAAGUAGUCGAGAUGAAAGUCAAACAAUCCGGUAUUAUGGGUGGUGGAGGCAAAGUCCCCACUGUAAUCUCGCCCAAACAAUACAAGAUAAGAUUCAGAGAUGCAAUGUGGUUGUACUUUACAAUGGUUCCAGAUAAGUUUACCAGAGUGAAAUGGAACGAUGAAAAGGAUUCUCCAAACAACAACAACAACAAUAAUAAUAAUGGUAACUUUAGCAACAACAACACCACUUCAAAUCAACAAUAA